ACGACUACUACUGCUACUACUAACUACUAACUUAACCGUUUACUUUGAACCAUUCCAAACUUCCAACAAAUAACAACCGUUCCCCAACUCCCAAACUUUUCCUUUUCCUCCUUUUCCACAUCUUCUUACCAAACCCAUCAAUCUAAAUAACUUCUUUACUUGUUCAUUCUUUUAGUACUUGGUGGUGACGGUGUUGGAGAUGUUUACAGGGCCACUAGAGAGGUGUUUUGGAGGUAGUGGAAAUUAUGGCAAUGAACUUUUAUGGCAUGUGGACUUGAAACCUCAUGCUUCAGGUGAUUAUUCAAUUGCUGUUGUACAAGCUAAUUCUUUGUUAGAAGAUCAAGGUCAAGUUUUUACUUCUCCUUCUGCUACUUAUGUUGGUGUUUAUGAUGGCCAUGGUGGUCCUGAGGCUUCUCGGUUUGUGGCUCACCAUCUAUUCCCUUUUCUCCACAAGUUUGCAACAGAGCAAGGUGGGCUAUCAACAGAUGUGAUAAGGAAGGCAUUUGAUGCAACAGAAGAAGAAUUCUUGCAUUUGGUAAAGAGAUCAUGGACAACCCAACCUCAGAUUGCUUCAGUUGGCUCUUGCUGUCUUGUUGGGGCUAUAUCAAAUGGUGUUUUGUAUGUGGCGAAUCUUGGAGAUUCCAGGGCCGUUCUUGGAAAGAAAGUAUCUCAAGGCAAGACAAGUACUUCUGUGGUGGCUGAAAGGUUGUCUACUGAUCAUAAUGUUAGUAUUGAGGAGGUGAGGAAGGAGGUGGCAGCACUCCAUCCUGAUGAUUCACAUAUUGUGGUUUAUACUCGUGGAGUUUGGCGGAUAAAGGGCAUAAUUCAGGUUUCAAGAUCAAUAGGAGAUGUCUAUCUAAAGAAACCAGAAUUCAACAGAGCUCCUCUUUUUCAGCAAUUCGGAUUGCCUGUUCCAUUGAAAAGGCCUGUGAUGACAGCAGAACCCUCAAUACUGGUUCGACAAUUAAAGCCACAGGACCAGUUCUUGAUUUUUGCUUCAGAUGGUCUCUGGGAGCAAUUAAGUGACGAAACAGCUGUGGAUAUAGUUAUGAAAAACCCGCGAACUGGCAUAGCUAAGCGACUGGUGAGAGCUGCCCUACGAGAGGCUGCAAAGAAAAGAGAAAUGAAAUAUGACGACAUAAAAAGAAUUGAAAAAGGAGUAAGGCGCCAUUUCCAUGACGAUAUUACUGUCAUUGUGAUGUACCUAGACCAUCCGCAAGGUUCUUCAAAUAGCAGAUUCAAAGAUCACAGUGUUGUUGACUGCACGAGUGCCCCUGUAGAUAUCUUUCUAGAUACAGAUGAAGCACAAUGCUAAUACCUUCAUGCUUUUUCUCCAAAGAAGACUUGUAGGAACUUGGUAUACGGCAUCUUGUUAAUAGAAGAAAUAAAGAAGAAGUUAUAAUUAAUUAAACAGAUACACACGACUCUUGUUUCAAGAACAAGAUGGGUUUUGAAGUAAAAGUCAUAGGAGGGGCUGCUUGUAUAUAGAUUGUUCAAAAAUGUAUACCAGAUUGAUGCUGCUUACUUCUCAGUUUUGUUAAGAAGAGUGACAAUGUAAACUCUCAUUUUGCUCUUUGUUUAUCAGCCAUUAAUAUUUAUUAUAGGAAUUUUAGGUAUUCUUAA